UGUAACAAAGUGGAAGGUUGCUGCAUGUGUAUACUCUAUACAACGCUUGGUACGUGUUGAUUGUAUAUUUUAAGUUUUUUGAAAAAACAAAUUUUUUUUUCUUCGUCAUGGAUUUUGGAGAGGACGAUGAAGAAAACUCAAUAGUGACAGCACGUCGGAGGAAAAAAAGGAUCAACAGAAAGACAAAAUUGCACAUUGUUUUCGACGAGGAAGCCAGGAGAGAAUUCCUAACAGGGUUUCGCAAACGCAAGCAGCAUAGGCGCAUGGCAGCUCAAGAGGAACUGAAAAACCAAUUGAAAGCUGAGAAAAAACGGAUAAAAUCAGAGGCUAAAGAACAGUAUAAAAAGCUGGUCCACUCCUACAAACCGAUACCAGAAUUGGAAGAACAGUUCGCCCAAGAGUUUGAUGUCGACGAUGCGAAAGUCAGUGUUCUCGAACUGGACACUGAUCUUUUAGCCAAGACGAACUUUCUUAUCGGGAGAAACCGAGGAAGUGAGAUGGUGAAGAUUGAAAAAGAAGAUCCAGAAUCAAAAGGAGAAGAAGAAGAAGGUGUGCCAGGGAUGGAAAUAAAGACUAAAAAAGAUAUACAGAGGGCAAUGAAACAAAGCACCAUAAAUAGUAAAGUAUUUCAGAGGAAAAAUAGAAUCGAGCAAUUGAAACAAAAGAAAAAAUCGAUGAGACAAAAAAAGGAGACUAUGAAAAUCAAGGCGAAGUGUAAAAAAAGGAAAAAAGGACAUUUGAAAAGUAAAAAUAAAUCAAGGAAAUAAAUUUAUAUAUAGUUUUCAAAUUAUUUAUUCUCUCCCUUUGUAAGUAAUAUUACUGCUGAAUUUCAUUUUAUACUUUUUUACAAGUGUUAAUUAAAAAAAAGUAACAUUACUAACAUUCAGCUGAUGCUACUCAUCAACUCAUUGUCCAUUCAUCAAACAAUUUUACUGAAGUUCUGUACUUUAAAAAAGUUCUCCUAGGAAAGUCAUUUAUUUAAAUUGUAAACAUGAAAAGAUUUUUUUUCAGUGUGUGGGUGUAAUGUUUAUUGUUUUUUUGGUUAAAAAAUGAACAAAACAAAGAUAGAUCAGUGAUAUUGAAAGCUGUAGUUUGGAAGUUUUCGUUUCAUUUUGGUCUGCUUAUCUUUAUUGUUUUGGUCUGUUCAUCGCAUUUUGGCUUCUCGCCACCUUGAAUGGUUCAGACGUGAUUUGACAGACCAAAACAGACCAAAAUGAUUGAAAACA